UAGAGUCCCGCCCUAGCACUAGAACCCCUGACCCUGGGGCCAUGAAUUUCACAAUUUUGGUAGAGGACUCAAUGCUCAUUACAUUCAUGCCAACAGUUUGCCUGCUUGAUGUACAGGAGUAAAGAAGAAGAUUUUUAAAGAUUGCAAUAAAUUUAGUGGUUUUGGCCCCACCUUUCAGGCCCCAGGCGGGGACCAUGAAAUUCAGAAUUUUUGUUCCCCUCCAUCCAUAGAUGCUGUAUACCAAAUUUGGUUGAAAUUGGUUCAGUGGUUUCAGAGAAGAAGCUGAAAAUGUUCAAAUGUUAACACACGACGCACGACGACGGACGAAAACGGAUAGCAAUAGGUCACCUGAGUUACUCAGGUGACCUAAAAAGCAGUGCGAAUAGUUCAAUCUAAGAUUUGAACUAAUGUACCUACAUGUAAUAAAAAGAGAAAAAAAAUCUUGAAUUUAUACAAAAAAAUACAAAAUACUGUUGUUAUUAUUAUAUGUAGAAUCGUGCUAUACAUGAAAUUAACAGCAGCUACACACACACACACCCUUACACACACAUCCUCACACACAAAAAAACAAUACAACUAUCUAUAUAAAAAGGUCAUGGAUACAAAUUGGAAGAUUAUUGAGAAGGAAGAGGCAACUAAGACUGGGUUUUUAACACCAAGAAUUCUGACAAUGACAGAGGCUGCCUCCGUCGCAUUGUACGAGAGAAUUUCUCUAGGACCCGUUGUUGUCCAGCAUAUUGGAGAAGUAUCCAAAACUAGCACGAGCAUGCGGAAAGAAGUUCAAAUAGCAUUAGAGGGCCGUUCUGCCCUCUUAACCCUUUGGGGGGAGAGGGCAGAACAGUCCUUUAUAACUGCAAAUCAUACAUACUUCAUUUAUAAUAUCAAGGCGGCAAACGAGUUCAAGGGUCAACGAAUCUAUAAUUCCACACCCUCAACAUUUGUGAAUGAGACCUAUCUCGGAUACGACUGCAAGAGUCCUACCUGGAAGAGAGUCUCAGGAAUGCGACUGUCUCUACUCAAAAACUUUGGCUGUGGCGAAUUUUUUUUAGCUAAAACGAAAUGCGUUGUGCAUGCCAAAAUAGAGGACAGUGCAAAAGUUCUGUAUGCAGGAGGGUGGGCUGUAGGAAUGCAAACUGCCAGUUUUAGGAAGCAGAAGGAAAACCCUCCACAACCCAGAACGUCAUUAUCUCAAUGCCAGAGACGGAGCUGCGUGCCAGAGUAUCGGUAUCAGUUGCGGCGACACUGCUUCCUGACGUACUGGCACUGUGCCACCUAG